GCGGGGCGGUGCGGGGCGGAGCUGCCGCCGCGGAGCCGUGCGGGGCGGUGCGGAGCCGUGCGGGGCGGUGCGGGGCGCGGCGCCCCGCAGGGGCUGCGCGGAGCGGAGCGGCCCGGCGAUGGGCUCGGCCGGCAGCGGGUAGGGGUGAGGGUGAGGGGUAGGGGUAGGGCGGGAGGUGCUCCGCGCCCCCUCCGCGCCCCGCCAUGCGCCCCCGCUGAGCCCCGCUCGCUGCCUCGGUGCGGGGGGGGUGCGGGGGCCGCCCCCUCCCCGCUCCCUCCGCAACUUUGAACGAUGAUCACAGUCAACGCGGAUGGGAAGAUAAUGGUCAGAAGAUGCCUCGUCACCUUGAGACCCUUUAGGAUAUUUGUGCUGGGCAUUGGAUUUUUCACCCUGUGCUUCCUGAUGACGUCGCUGGGAGGGCAGUUCUCAGCCAAGCGCCUGGGGGACUCACCCUUCACCAUCCGGACCGAAGUGAUGGGCGCGCUGGAGUCCCGAGGGGUGCUGCGGCGAAUGAGCGACAUGCUGGAGAUGCUGAUGAAGAGGAUGGACAUCCUGGCCAGGCUGGAGAAUAGCACUGACUUCCACAAAGGGGAUGAAGCGCGAUUCCCUCUGGACAGGUUCCAGCCAGCAGCCGGGCUGAUGGAGAGGAUCCAAGCUAUAGCUCAAAACGUCUCAGACAUCGCAAUAAAAGUAGAUCAGAUUCUCCGGAACAGCCUCCUGAACGGGAAAGUGGUGGAAGGCAGGAGGGACCAGUGCGAGGUGCCCCGGGACCCCAGGUACCCUGACUGUGCUGGGAAAGUGGAGUGGAUGAGGGCCAGGUGGACCUCCGACCCCUGCUAUGCGUUUUUUGGUGUGGACGGCACCGAGUGCUCAUUCCUCAUCUACCUCAGCGAAGUCGAGUGGUUCUGCCCUCCCCUGCCGUGGCGAAACCGGACGGCAGCUUUGCCUUCCCCCCCGCCGCUGCCCCGGGUGCAGGCAGCUUUCCAGAGCGACCUGGCUCACCUGCUGGAGCUGAUCGGCACGGGCAAGGAGUCCCUCAGCUUCAUGAAGAAGAGGAUCCGGCACCUGGCCCAGCAGUGGCUGCGGGCGGCUCGGCGCCUCAAGCAGAAGCUGAAGGGCCAGCAAAGGGACCAGAAAUACAUCUUGAUCCAUAUCGGCUUCCUGACGGAGGAGUCGGGGGAUGUUUUCAGUCCGCGGGUGCUGAAGGGGGGCCCGCUGGGUGAGAUGGUGCAGUGGGCUGACAUCCUGGCUGCCCUCUUCCUCCUGGGACACAGCCUGAGGGUCACAGUCUCCCUGAAGGAGCUGCAGAGCCAUUUAGGGGUGCCUCCAGGACGGGGAAACUGCCCCUUGACCAGUCCUUUGCCUUUCGACCUGAUCUACACCGACUACCACGGCCUCCAACAGAUGAAGCAGCACAUGGGGCUCUCCUUUAAGAAAUACAGGUGCCGCGUCCGGGUCAUCGAUACCUUUGGGACGGAGCCGGCCUACAACCAUGAGGAGUAUGCCACGCUGCGUGGCUACCGCACCAACUGGGGCUACUGGAACCUGCAGCCCACCCAGUUCAUGACCAUGUUCCCUCACACCCCUGACAACUCCUUCAUGGGCUUCGUGUCGGAGGAGCUCAACAAGACGGAGAGGCAGUACAUCAAGUCCAACAAAGUGAGCAGCAUGGCGGUGGUGUACGGGAAGGAGGCCAGCAUCUGGAAGGGCAAGGAGAAGUUCCUGGCCAUCCUCAACAAGUACAUGGAGAUCCACGGCACGGUUUAUUACGAGACGCAGCGGCCGCCCGAGGUCCCAGCGUUCGUGAAGAACCACGGGCUGCUGCCACAGCACGAGUUUCAGCAGCUGCUGAGGAAGGCGAAGCUCUUCAUUGGCUUUGGGUUCCCCUACGAGGGUCCUGCCCCACUGGAGGCGAUCGCCAACGGCUGCGUUUUCCUGCAGGCGCGUUUCAACCCCCCGCACAGCUCCCUCAACCACGAGUUCUUCCGCGGGAAGCCGACGUCGAGAGAGGUGUCCUCCCAACACCCGUAUGCCGAAGACUUCAUCGGGAAGCCGCAUGUGUGGACUGUGGACUACAAUAACUCUGAGGAGUUUGAAGCUGCUAUCAAAACCAUCAUGAGGACCCAGGUGGACCCUUACCUGCCUUACGAGUACACCUGCGAGGGGAUGCUGGAGCGGAUCCACGCCUACAUUCAGCACCAGGAUUUCUGCACCACAUCAUCUUCUCCUCUGCCUCCCAAGGCCAAGAGUCCUGCUAUGCAAAGCCCUCCAAGCCCGCUGGCCCUGUCCCCCAAUGCCACCCACCUGGUGUGGUCCCCCAGCGCCAGCCGGGACCCCCGCGCCUGGCCACCGGUGGACUCGCUGCAGGUGUGGGUGUCAGAGGCCCGGCACGCCUGCACCGAGACGUGCCGGCGGCGCGGGCUGGUCUGCGAGCCCACCUUCUUCAGGUUCCUCAACAAGAAGGAGGUGUUUCUCCAGCUCAGCAUCCCCUGUGACAGCACCGAGUACGAGAUGAACCAUCUCUACCCGGCGGUGGCCGAGAACGUCCACGAGUGCUACCUCCAGAAGGAGCCGCUGCUCUUCAGCUGCGCGGGCUACAACACCAAGUACCGGCGCCUCUGCCCCUGUCGCGACUACCGCAAAGGACAAGUGGCUCUGUGCAGGGACUGCUUGUGACUCCGUGUGUCCCCUCCCCGUGUUUGCGACACGCAACCUGCAAAGAGUGGCUUUUUCUCAAAGCUUCUGCAAUAGCCAAGGGAGGUGGGACAGGUCCCUCCCGGCGCGUGAGCUGGGAGCGUCAGACUCUGGGGGUUGUUUCGUCCACCAGUCAACCGUGAAUGACCAUGUCCUGACCAUUUUCUUCUUGAGGAGCAUCGUCCGACCGCAUCCGAACCCACCUGGACCUGGUGGCGCUGGGAUGGGGUGGUGGGGAGAGGGGGGCCGGGGACGCCCUUCCCCUCCUCUGGUAAUGGGACGAGCCACCAGCAGACUGCAUUUUCAGGGUUUCCAUCCCCUUCAAGCAUCCUAAGUUGUUUUAUUUAUUGAUUUUUUUUUUUUAACCCUUCCCUCUGACAAGCGGUAAAUUAAAGGGGAAGCAACACCCA